CAUAUGUGCACUAAUAUAAAAUAUGGGCUCGUCCUCCCUAGGUAUUGCACUGUGUACUACUAUAAGGAGCCAUUAGGAGUGUAGUUAAUUAGCACUCCUGCUUUUUUCAUACACUAAUCGGUUACCAAGCUGUGUUUAUGUCUAUCUUGGAUAUCUAUGAUCUUAUUGAUUUUAUAAAUGAUAAAUUUCAGGGAGGAACACGGUUAAGUUUCUGAGAUGGUGAUCAGUAGGUUGUGAGUUCACAUCCCAGGACUUCCAGAAAGCCACAGUUGGGCCUUUUGCUCAAGACUCUUAACCAUCUUAGAUUGUGUCUCUUCCAAAAUUCCGCUAAAUGAACAAAAUGAAAUGUUUAUUUAGUUAUGGCUCGACGUCCGUUUUCCAGUCGUAUUCUAAAACAGUUUUCAGUGUGUCCACAUGUUUUCAUCCCAAAAGAAGCAGGAGCUAGAUGGCCGAAAGUAUGUGGGCGCCUGACCAUCACACCCGUAAGUGUUUCUUCACCCAAACUGUUGGGACAAGCUUGGAAACACAAAAUAAUUGUAUAGAAUGGCGUAGCAUUACGAUUUCCCUUCAGUGUUCCAGCACGACCGUGCACAAAGCGAUCUCCAUGGUUUGACAAGGUUGGUGUAGGGGAGCUUGAGUGUCCUCCACGGCGGUCCCACUGAACACCUUUGGGAUGAACUGGAACGCCGACCGCACCCCAGCCCACAAAUCCCCACAGCCACGCUCCAAAAUCUAGUGGAAAGCCUGCCUAGUAGAGUGGAGGUUAUUAUAACAGGAAAAAACCGGGGGAACCAAGUCAAUAUUAAUGAGAAUGGGGUGAGGACAGAUUGGGGUGUGAUGGUCAGGUGUCCACAAACUUUUUAGGUGUUUAACAAAUCAGUUUGCUCUUAAAAUGAAGAGUAGGUGUGGAUUUGUCUGGAAUGAAGACUUGAAUCAACACCAGGCCCUUUGCGGAUAAGAAUGAAGACCCCUGCAGUUACUCCUCUUUCCACCCUCCUGUUGAAGUCUGCCUGUAUGAAUGUGUGCUCAGCCCAUACGAAUGUCUUGUACCGCCUUAUUUGUAGGUCUGUAAUGGAUUCCUUGACUGAAGCGCUGUCCUCCAGCUUCUGUGUAACCAGAGAAGCAAACAGCACCUCAGCCCCGCAUCCUCGCCUGGCUCAGUACAAGAGCAAGUACAGCGCUCUGGACCAGGAUGAGCGCCGGAGAAAGUUCCUGCAGGAGCAGAAGGAGAAAAGGCUGAACUAUGUGAAUCAUGCCCGUCGUUUGGCAGACGGGGAUUGGACAGGGACAGGAAGUGACGAGGAGGAAGAGGAGGAGAAACGGAAAAGUCAGCAGCAGGAUGAAAUGGAAGAUGAAGGGAUGGAAGUUGAGCAACGCAAAAAGUUGCCAAAGCACUACGCCAACCAGCUGAUGUUGUCAGAGUGGCUGGUGGACGUCCCUGUGGAUCUUAGCGCUGAUUGGCUGCUGGUGGUCUGUCCUAUAGGGAAACGCUCACUCGUCGUUGCAUCUAAGGGCUCCACUUCAUCGUACACUAAAAGCGGGUACUGUGUGAAUCGUUUCCCUUCUUUGCUACCAGGAGGCAACAGACACAACUCCGCCAUGGGGAAAGAUUACACCAUCCUAGACUGCAUUUACAGUGAAGUGGAUAGGACGUACUACAUCCUGGAUGUGAUGUGCUGGAGAGGGCAUCCUGUCUAUGACUGUUCGACUGAGUUCCGGUUCUACUGGUUGCAGUCAAAGGUUGAAGAGGUAGAAGGACUGUCGGAGAUUUGCAAACGAAACCCUUUCCGUUUUGUGAGUCUGAACAGCAUCAGCUGUACAACAGAGUCCAUUCAGAAGGCCCUGGCACACGACUACAGCUUCAGCGUGGACGGGCUCCUGUUCUACCACCGUGAGACUCACUACACCCCAGGCAGCACACCGCUGGUGGGAUGGCUCAGACCCUACAUGGUGCCAGACAUCCUGGGUAUCGAGGUUCCACAGUGCCCUCUCACCACCAAGCCGGACUACGCUACACACCAGAUGCAGCAGAUCCUGGAGCACAAGAAGCCGUCCAGUCAGGUUCGGCCUGCAGAUCAGAACGGGAGAUAUGAGCUAGAGCACCUGUCCACGCCAGAGACGCAAACAGGAAGCAGCAACCAGAAAGAAGGCAUGGAGAGCUGAUUGCUAGCGGCUCAGCAGCUACUGAUUUGGUAUCAUGCCAAGAUUUCUGGGAUUUAUUCAGUGUUUUCUGAAACCCUGUUGAUUUUAGAUUAGCUCAGAGACUGCUUUUUUACUUUCCGCACUGCGUAUGUGGAACUUCAAACAUGACAAGUGGGUGAUGAAUUUGGCAUUCGUUAUUGUUCAGUUAAACCUCCCAUACUGUUUGGACCAACAUUUUCAGAGUGGUUUACAUUUUGUUUCUUUUGUCUUCGCCUUCAACUUUAGGUAAAACUGUUCAAAUUUCUUUAGCAAUGUGAUUUGUUGAGUUAUUUAAUGUAGCUCCAGGUUGACACGGAGAAGCAAAGACAAUCCGUCUUGGUUUCUCAGGCACAUGCUUGAAUUAAGUAGAAUUUGCGAAACACCAUUCUGUGUGCAUGUAAUAUAAUCAUCUAUAUGAAUGCCUUAUGUGGAAUAUUACAUUUUGAAAUUUUAAAUUUAGACCUUACUUUUCUAACGAGAACACUCGAAAGACUUUUAACGCUAUAUUAAUAAAAGUAUUUUUAUUCUA